UCUGUCUCUGUCUCUCUCUGUCGGGUUGGUAGUAGUCGUGUUGUAUGGGGUUCUGGUGAUAGACCCCUCUCUCAGCCUGUGUCCACUCCAGUUACAGAGCAUGGUUUUGGGCAUGGCCUCCAGCCCUCUGGGCCCCACCGCGCCUGGAGCACCAGAAGGACUUGGACAGCAGGCGGAGGUGUCUGACAGUGUGUAUCUGGGCUCUGAGAGUGCCUACAGUGAGUGUGAGACUUUCACAGAUGAGGACACAGGAGCACUGGUUCACCCUGAGUUACACGAAGACGUGGAAACAGACAGUGGCAUCGAAAACACACUGACUGAGAAUGACGACUCCAGAAACAGGUUUUCAUUGGGCUCAGAUUUGCAUGGCCACACCCUCAUGGCUGUGAUUGGUGGAGAAGAAGAACACUUUGAGGACUUUGGGGAGAGCCACACCUCUGAUCUUCUCCUGGCUGGUGAAGAGGAGAGUAAGGCAGGAGAGAGAGCUCCAGACAGACACACUCACCCAGGCAGCCCAGUGCACCCCUCACCCAUGCUACUGUCACCAAGUUCCACUAAAAGACUGUCCAGCAAGAAAGCAGCCAGACUGCUUCAGUCCAGUUGUCUGGAGGGAAUGGGAGACCUGAGUCAUGAUGUUCUGGAUCUCAUGGACAGUGACCUCACUGAUAAGGUGCUGUUGCUGGAGAGACGCGUGUGUGAGCUGGAGAAGGACUCCUUGCAGAGUGAGGAGCAGCAUGUGCGUCUGAAGCAGGAGAACCUGACGCUGGUGCAUCGGGCCAAUGCUUUAGAGGAGCAGCUGAAAGAGCAGGAGCUGCGUGCAGAGGAGAACCUGCACAUGCUGGUCCGCAAACACAGAGACACACUCGCCAAACUCCAGCGCGAGAGAGAUCUCGAACUCGAGAACCUCCAGGCCAGGUUACAGCAGUUGGAUGAGGAGAACAGUGAGUUACGGUCAUGUGUUCCCUGCCUUAGAGCCAACAUUGAAAGACUGGAAGAGGAGAAGAGGAAGCUGCAGGAUGAGGUUGAUCAUGUGACAGAGAGAUUAAAUGAAGAAAUGGACUCCCGCAGGAAAAUGGGCGACAGACUCAGCCAUGAACGCCAUAGCAACCAAAAGGAGAAGGAGUGCACACAGGAGUUGAUAGAGGACCUGCGUAAGCAGUUGGAGCAGUUGCAGUUGUUUAAACUGGAGACGGAGGCUCGACGGGGCCGCUCUCCCAGCGCCGGCCUGCAGGAGUACAACACACGCACACGGGAGAAUGAACUGGAACAGGAAAUCCGCCGCCUCAAACAGGAUAACCGGAGUCUGAAGGAGCAGAAUGAUGAGCUGAACGGUCAGAUUAUUAAUCUGAGUAUCCAGGGAGCGAAGAGCCUGGUCAGUGCCUCUUUCUCUGAGUCACUGGCUGCAGAAAUCAACUCUGUGUCCCGCAGUGAGUUAAUGGAGGCCAUCCAGAAACAGGAGGAGAUUAACUACCGUCUGCAGGAUUACAUUGACCGCAUCAUUGUCGCCAUCAUGGAGUCCAACCCUUCCAUCCUGGAGGUCAAAUAAUCACCAUGACAACCAUCCCUCUACCCUGGCAGCAAGCCUAGUCGCCCUCAUUCCUUCAGACUGCACUGGUUUGACUGGGCAGUAGUGGACAAAGAGGCUGGUCAAAUGGGAGGCAAUGCUGCAGAGAGACACACAAUGUCAUAUAACUGAGUAUUUACAUGAUAACGCUGUUGAUCUUACACACACACACACACACGCAUAUGUGCGCGUACACUAGUUCUUUGUAAGAAAUACAGUUGUGUAGUUGAGGAUUCUAGAAGGAAUGUGUGUAUUCGUGUGUGUGUGUGUGUGUGUGUGUGCAUGUGCGUGUGUGUGUGUGUUUUGUCCCUGUGAUUCCUCUGUGUGGGGACUGAGGGACUGUGCUCUGCUUGCUCACGCUGUGUGUGUGUGAUCUGAGUAACACACACACACACACACUUUUACAUUUAGUUGAUUGAUUUGUGGUGUUUUUUUUUCUCUGUUUUGAUAUCUCAGUUUAAUCAGUCACAUCAGUUAUCAGUCGUCUGUUAGCCCAGGUGAGGGGCACGCAGGCGUAGCCAACUCAUGUCCCGAGGGCUUGUCUCUGUCUGUCUGUCUGUCUGUCUGUCUGUGCGUGCGUGCGUGCGUGCGUGCGUCUGAUAACUGUAUGUGUGUAGAAUGAGAACACUCCUGUUAUCUGAAAUGCAGUCUCACUCUGAAACGACAGCUCACUUCUGUAACUCUUUGAGCGUACGUGUUUUUGUCUGUUUGUUUUCUUCAUGCUGUUUAUUUGUAACGAUGAAGCAGAACGCGGGGUAUUGAGUGGAGACCUUAGUAAUUGGGUGAAUCCCACACAAUCAGAAAAGAGCCACACAUCAGACCCACCAAUCAUAGCACAGCUUAUAGCUUUAGGGGCACUAAGCUGUGCUGUGCAUCAUGGGUAGUGUAGUUUUUGCAUGUUCUUGCUGAGUGAAUGUAAAAGCAGUUUACACUGAAGGACUCUGAUAAACUGACCAAAUUUGUUAAAAACAUUAUUUGCUAUAACUUUCAUAUGUAAACGGGAACCUUUUGAGAGGGGAUUACUACAUGUCAGAGUAGUUGCACUCAAGUGUUUGAUUCUAACUCUCACCGAAGAGACAAAAAGAAAAAAAAUCUCUCAAAAAAAUGAACUCGCUACUGUCUGACUAUUCAGAGAGUUUCAUCUCUCCUCACAUUCUCCUGUCUCUCUCUCUCUCUCACAC